AUGAACCAAGCAGAAGAUGUUGAGGUUAUCCUUGGCCACAAACGCCGCUACAGGUUUCACUCAGGUACACUCGCGAGGAACUCCACGCUGUUUGCCGAGAUGCUGAGCGAGCGCAAUGCGGCCAAACUGAACAGUCGCGCAAGAACUGCUGGCAUCAAGAUUCGUUGGAUGAUCGAGCUUACGCGCUUACCCAACGAGCAAUUUCCUGCCGGUUGCCUUGAGCUUGUGGAACUUACGCCUACAGGCGAGCGCGUAGAUGGUCGCUCGGGCCUCAUUGUCAACGAAAACGGUCGCGUUCCCCAGGCCGACAAGACAUUCCAAAAUUACGAGUCAAUCCUCUACGCCUUCUACAACAAGGAGCUCACUGUCGAUGACACCGAUAUGUCCGCUGCUCUGUCUGACUGUUAUCAGCUACUCCAGAUCUCGGAUUAUCUAGGCUGUACUGGCCUAAUCUCCAAACCGAUCGAAGUCGCCCUUUUCAAGCAUGGCCAAGACCUCUUCCGCGCUAUUCAAGGCGUACCGUAUGCCUGGAUCGAAAUGGCGUACCGCAUUCGUAGCGAGCUGAUUUUCAAAGAAUGCAUCAUCCACCUAGUUGGUGACUGGAAGAACCUCAAGACCAGGUCGAACAUUAUCGACCGCCUCCGCGAUGUGCCUAGCGUGCGCGGACUGAUCGAGAAGUACCACCGCGCCCUCCUUGAGAAGUCUAAAGCCCUCGAGCUCAGCAUCCUUUCGCACUACCCACAAGCCAUGCGCCUCCCCUCAGAAGACCUGCCUAUCAAGCGCGAGUCCUAUGCGAAAGACAUCCUGGUCUGGAUGGCGCUCACCUUCUUCCGCCACUGGGUCUCCCAGCGCCUCGUCACAGGCAAAGGACGUGACGCAUCAGACUGCGGCUACGACCUCUUCUCCGCGCUCGGUACAGGAGGAGAUGGGUACAUGGACAAGUUCGUCAUCAAUCAGUUCCACACACGCUUCCCCAUGACCAAGAAGGCCAUGAACGUGCUCGAAAACCACCUCUUCGAGAUCAAAGAGUGCAUCAAGAAGGUCGUCGAUGACAGCAAGGUGCUUCGAAGUCAAUGCCAGCUCGACGUGCACCGCUUUCCAGUGAAGUAUCUGACGUGUACGGAGUUUGCGAGAGAGGAGUUCCCGUGGUUGAAGGAAGACAGAGAGGCUAAGGUCGUGCCGGCGAAGAGGGCGUACAAGCCAGGUGGGAAUGAAAUUGCGAGGUUGAAUCUGGAGACUGCACGAAGGUUUCAGAGGGGUCUUAGUGAGGAGGACCAGGAGGAGAUGGAAUAUGACGAUAAUGAAGAGAUGGAAGCUGAGUAUGAGAGCGAGACGACUAAGCGUAUGCGGUAUGAGUAG